AUGAUCCUUCCGCAGGUUCACCUACGGAAACCUUGUUACGACUUUUGCCCGGUUCAAGCCACUGCGAUUAAAGCGGUUUCCACCAAAGAAUCUCCACCUCGAAAGGUAUCGAAACAGCAGUCCCCGCUUUUCUCGAAACGGCUCAGUCCCGGGCAGCGACGGGCGCACGCUGAUUCCUCCAGUGUAGCGCGCGUGCAGCCCUGGACAUCUAAGGGCAUCACAGACCUGUUAUUGCUCAACUUCAUGCGGCUGAACACCGCUUGUCCCUCUAAGAACUUUGCAACCAUACUUCCCCCGGAACCGAAAAACUUUCGUUUCCGGGAAGCUGCCCGUCAAGGCGUAUUUACCGCCAACGGAACGCUAGUUGGUAUCGUUUACGGUCAGAACUAG